AGUAUAGUAUUCUAUUCUAAACCCAUACGUUGAUACGGACUGCGAGAAAUUCCAGAGUGGUGCGCGUUACCGUGCGCGUACUCCCACUGGUUGAUACGCGCGCGCGCGCAGUGGAGAGGGUCGGUGCGCUAUUAAAGCCGCGAGUAGACGCGCAGUGCCAAUAGACAGUUCUGUCCUGGAAUACCGGAGACCCGAACGACGGUGAGACGGAAAAACAACAUAUGGAUUGAAGCACACACUUCACAACCGGACCACUAACCACUUAACGGUGCAAUUGCACGUCUCUCCCAGACCCCGCCAAGAGAUGUGGCUGCUGGAAAAGAUCCGCUGUUCAGUGGAGGGAAAAGUUCUCCGACAGGGAGACUCGGCUGACAAACAGAGCAAAGCCCCCGCCUACUGCAACGUCCUCACCCCUGACAAGAUUCCUGACUUCUUUAUUCCACCUAAACUGGUGUGCUGCCCCCCAGAAGAGGAAACGCCGGAGAUGAAGCCCAAAAACGGGCUCCAUUCUUCCACAUCCGACCAGACCAUAUGCUGCAAGACGCCACAGGGCAGUCUGCGCAGUCCACGCCUCAUUAAGAAGCUGGCUGGAGACACCAAGAACUUGCUCAAAGCUGCAAACCGCCACAUUAUCCAGAUUGAAAGCGCAGAUGAGUUGGUGGUCGGGGAGGUGGGCGACCUCAACACAAAUGCAGACCCCCAGUCCCAAACGGCCAUGUCCUUGCCAUACGUACCCAAAGCACAAACCUCCUACGGUUUCGCCACGCUCAUGGAAAGUCCUCACACGAGGCGUAAAGAGUCCCUCUUCCAUAGUGACCCCACAAGUCCGCUCACCUCGCCUAACACCCAACGCAAAUCGCAGGGCAACCACUUAAACCCCAGCGACUGUAACACCUCCCAUUCCAACCCCUACCGGUACUUCAGUGGGGGAGAAAGUGACACUUGCUCGUCAGCUGAGUCCUCCCCAUUCAACUCCCCUCUGUUAUCCCGUUCCGCAUCCCUCCUCAAGAUGUUUACCCACGAAACCCAAGCCAAGGUGUCCAGGGCCAAGCGUUCCUUAGCCCGGCACAGUUCUCUCUCGACAGACGAGUGCAGCUCUGUGGAAACCAGCCCGAACAUUCAGAGGCGCUUUCGUUGCCCUCCUUCUCCAGCCUUCCGAGGACGGAAAUACGGAGCCAACAUGGAUCGCUUCACACAGCACACUGUCAACCUCCACAAGGGUGGAACUCUACGCAUCUGCACAGACUACGACAUUGACGCCACCAGGCUUCAUGUCCGUGUCUUGGCGGCCGAGGAGCUCUACGAUAAACAGUACGAUGUGAAGGCCAUCAAUUGUUGCGUGGCUUUGUACCUGAACCCGGGAAAGCUCCAGAAACAGCGGAGCACCAUUAUCAAGAACAGCCGCAACCCCGUCUUCAACGAGGACUUUUACUUUGACUCCCUUCCUGUUGCACAGGUGAAAAACCUUGCCAUCAAGAUGAAGGUAGUCAACAAGGGCACCAGUCUGAAGAGAGAUACUCUACUGGGAGAGAGGGAGGUACCCCUGAAGGAGUUGCUUUCUGGGAUCUAGAGGUCAGACUUCAUUUCCCACCAUGGGGCAAACACACCAAUCCAGUCUUCAGCUAACAGAAUCAGACAAGGAAAUAUCCCAGCUCUGAUUUUGAGUCCUCAGAGUGGUUGGUCCCUUUGGUUGCAAAACUCUCCAACUAACUGUGUGCAGCUUCCUAACAUGUUUACCAGCAGUGAGAGUGUAUGGAUGUACUGUAUGUGUGAGAACUUCUGUAUGUACAGCCCAUGAGUAUAAAGGCAUGCUUUGAUUGUA